GGUGCCUGAGACCCGGGGAUGGCGGCGUUGGCUGCGCGCGCGGGUGGGCUUCUGCGGCUGCGAGCUGCGGGAGCGGAGCGGCGGUGGUGCGGACUGCGCGGCGCUGGGCUGGUGCAAGGCUUCCUGCAACCCGGAGGCGAGGACGCGGCCCAGAAGCGGCGGGUGGCCCACUUCACCUUCCAGCCGGACCCGGAGUCCCUGCAGUAUGGGCAAACUCAGAAAAUGAACCUCUUUCAGUCAAUAACAAGUGCCUUGGAUAACUCAUUGGCCAAAGACCCUACUGCAGUAAUAUUUGGUGAAGAUGUUGCCUUUGGUGGAGUCUUCCGAUGCACUGUUGGUUUACGAGACAAAUAUGGAAAAGAUAGAGUGUUUAACACCCCGUUGUGUGAACAAGGAAUUGUUGGAUUUGGGAUCGGAAUCGCAGUCACUGGUGCUACGGCCAUUGCGGAAAUCCAGUUUGCCGACUAUAUUUUCCCGGCCUUUGAUCAGAUUGUCAACGAAGCUGCCAAGUACCGCUAUCGCUCUGGCGAUCUUUUCAACUGCGGGAGCCUCACCAUCCGGGCCCCAUGGGGCUGUGUGGGCCACGGGGCUCUCUACCAUUCUCAGAGUCCGGAAGCCUUUUUUGCCCAUUGCCCAGGAAUCAAGGUGGUUAUACCCAGAAGCCCUUUCCAGGCCAAGGGACUGCUAUUGUCAUGCAUAGAAGAUAAAAAUCCAUGUAUAUUUUUUGAACCUAAAAUACUUUACAGGGCAGCAGUGGAACAGGUUCCAGUAGAACCCUACAAGAUCCCCCUGUCUCAGGCUGAAGUCAUCCAGGAGGGGAGUGAUGUGACUCUGGUUGCCUGGGGCACUCAGGUUCAUGUCAUCCGGGAGGUGGCUUCCAUGGCACAAGAAAAGCUUGGAGUGUCUUGUGAAAUCAUCGAUCUGCGGACGAUCGCGCCUUGGGAUGUGGAUACAGUUUGCAAGUCUGUGAUCAAGACGGGGCGACUGCUGAUCAGUCACGAGGCUCCCUUGACCGGCGGCUUUGCGUCUGAGAUCAGCUCCACAGUCCAGGAGGAAUGUUUCUUGAACUUAGAGGCUCCGAUAUCUCGAGUAUGUGGAUAUGACACCCCAUUUCCUCACAUCUUUGAGCCGUUUUAUAUCCCAGACAAAUGGAAGUGCUAUGAUGCUCUUCGCAAGAUGAUCAACUAUUGACCACAGAGAACUGUAAUUGGAAAGGCUGCGCCCUGGUUAUUUUUGCCGAUAUCUGGAGAAGGCGACAGAAGGUGACUGGUAGAUCGUCCCUAACCUGGAGGCAGAGUAAAGGCGGCUUACCGCAGCAUCUAUGCCGUGGGCUGGCAGUUUGUUCGGGGUGAGAAGAGAGCCCUGUCCUCGGGUGAAAACUAGAAAGCCCUGUGCAGAUAAGAGGGGGAAAGAUGCAGGUUGUCAGCCACAGUUUGGAAAAGAGCAAGUCCAGUUGGCUUGCUGAACAAGACAUUCUGGGUUUAAGAUGCCAAAACUCUGUCGAGACCUUGGCUCUACUCUUUAUUCUCCUGCGGGCUCAAGAGUAGGCCUCAUCUCCUCGCCUGGUCCAGCAGAACAGCUACGUGCCACAGCCAGCCACAUCUUGCCCAAGUCCAUCCUAUGAGAACAUGAUAUCUCUAGUUGAACUUAUUUCUUCCGCUGGUGUUACUUAGGAUUAUGUGGACCUCUUUAUUAGUCCCUUUGCCACCGUGUCUGUUAAUACUAAUUUUUUUACUCAUUGGUGUUUUGGGAUUUUUUCCCUUAACUACUUAAGACUUAAUUUCCUUAACUUUCUUUUAGAAAUGGAAAGUACAGGAUGAGUCAGGGGACAGUUUGUGUACUAAGUGUGGCAUCUGAGAACACCAUCCCUGCUCUAAUUGGCUCUGCAGGACCUAGCAGUAAAUAACCCCUUCCCAAGACAAACAGCUUACAGAUAGAUAAUAUUCAAUAUGAAGCUCAAAACAAACACAUCUAUAUAACUGCAGAAAAAAAAAGUUUUCAUAAAACAAGUGUUCUAUGUUGUACAAACAAGGAAAAUAGUAUCAAGAUGGCACUCGGAGUAUUGAACAAAUGCCAAUCGAAUCUUCCACUACUGUAGACUGAUCUUCUGCGUAAGUCUGCACCCUGUGACAGCGUGGAUAUAUAUGCUAAUUUAACUCCCCAUAGUCCCAAUUGCUUUAGUCUCUUUAAAAAUACAAUAUUGCUGAAGACACCAUGCAUUUCAGACCCUGGGCCCAGAGGCCUCUCAGCUGGAACUGACCUAAAUGUCUCUUUCCUGAGGACUAGCUUUUGUGGAACUAGAAGGCAUCAUGCAAGCCUACAAAGGAGAAAAGCAACCAACAGUCUUACCCUAUCAUUCAUAACAACAACCGUCAUGGAACAAUAACCCCAAGGAUGUAAUAGUGGCGCACAUACCUUGGCAGUAACCAACAGCUCUCUAAUUGGACUUAAGACCUGCUCAACAAGAGGGAAGUCAUGCUGGGUACUGGAACCCUAGCCAACCACCCAGGGCUAGUGAAGUCAUGAAUCUGGGAGAACUGACAACUGCCACUUUACUAAACAAACGUACUUCCUAACUACAUUCUAAAUAUUCUAAACAUUUGUCCAAUUACCCAGAGAUAAGUGUAAUCAUUACCCCUCAUCAAAGAAACUUCUCUUUGUAACAGAUGAAGGUGAUUAUAAGAUAAAACUACAAGCAAUCAAAAUGUAGAGUUGUGGAUGUCCAGUACCAACUUACACAC